ACCCAGGAAUCGAACCCAGGUGUCCCACACUGCUCAUUCUUUACAGGAUGAGCCACAAGGAAAGUUUGAAACUCCUGGAAAUAAGCAUGUGCCGUCGGCUCCACCACAUCAGAGCUCCUUAACAUUUGGUGUGGGAAGCAAAAAUGGGUCUCUUCGAGUAAGGGAAACAGGAAACCAAAGAACACCAGGGGCUUCCAUCCAACUGAAGAGCUUUGCAACGGAAAAGCUAAGCAUUCACAAAUCAAAAAGGUGGAAAACUGAACACGAGAGACUAUUUGCAAGUGGUGUCUCUGAUGAGGGGUUCAUAUGGAAAACAGACUAAGAACUCACACCACUCAGUGAACCAGAAACAAUAGCACCACCCUUAUCCCUUCCCCUCACAGCAACUCCAAUCCCAAUCCUUUCUCUCACUGAAAGCUAAACCCUAAAACCUAACGCUAGGCUAACAAUAGACAUGCAAUAUAUAUUCAUAGGCAUGCAUCAGAGACAGUCAGGGAGGGAAAAACUGAUAGACUGAACUUAGAAAGGUUAAGAAAGAGGAAAUGAGAAGAUUUCACAGGAUUUGCAUGAAUCAAUCUUGAGGUUUCAACCAGUGACAGGGCCCAUUCACUCUGCAAGGGGGGAAAUGACCCAAGGUGACAAGAGUAAAAGAGAGGAUGCUGGGAGCCAUAGGAGGGGCAGCCUCGCCCUCCCCUAGAGGCUGAGAUGGGAAACUUAAGCCAGAAUCUCAAUGGAACAGGAGGACCGAUGAAGGUUGUUGUAGAUUAGAGGGGGUGAUGUCUGAAUCUUACCUUCAGACCUCCCACUGGGUGGGGGGCUGGGGGGAACUUGAAAUAGGUAGGUGAGAGGACUGCCUUUUCCUAGGUCCCAAAGCCCAUCAAGGCCUGUUUCUGCCUCAUUCUGUGCUAGGUGAGCCCUGUAUUGAAUCCUUCCUCUGUGAAGAGUCAGUGCAUGAACUCCAUGUGACACCAGCCCACGGGUUGAACAGGCACUGGAGCUGCUCCUAGGCCAAUAGACCUGGGCAGGAGAUGGGAGAAUGACCCCCGCUCUGCAGAUGGAGAGACGGGGGAAACCCUGAGGGGCACAUGCUUGUCCAGGGCCACGUCACUUAUGAGAAAGAGGAGCCUGGUCUGAAAGCAGCUGUGUCCUCAGAGCUCAGGCACUGGAGGCACCCAGGCCUCCCCAAGGCCGAGGGAUGGGUGGUGUGGGUGUCACUGUGCCCGCACGUGGCCUAAGGGUGUGGGUGAACAGUCAGAAACACCGAGGUUCCCUUGGGGAGCUUUGUGUAAGGGACCUCAGCAACGAACCACAAAAAAUGAUGUCACUUCCCGGAAAUAGAAACCAACAGAACCCAGAACCCAGGUAUCCAGGUCUCCACAGUGGAGAGGAACCCAAAGCCAUAUUACUUGGUGCCAAGAUAUUCUGCUGUUUGCCCCUGCCCAGAGGCUGGAGCCUCAGGAGAGCUCACAGGAAGAGUGUGUGGGAUUGCUGUCGACGCUGGCUCAGGGCCCCCCGAGGAGGCCUCUGGCCCUUUGCCCGAAGGAACAGGAAGGUAACACGGGAGCCCCAGGCUGGGCCAGGUCCCCUCUGCCAUCCCACCCGGGUCACCCUGAGUCCUUUCCCUGUGAGUGUAGAAGGGAGUUUCUCGGGGUGUGCUGGCCUCCAGCAAGCCCAGGCGGAUGUGGGGUCAGAGCCUGUGGGCCGGUGUUGUUCACACCCCAGGGGAGAGCAGGCUGGGUGGGAUGGGGAGAGUCCAGGCACCGCCGGCUGCCCAGGCUCACCUCAUGCCCUCAGAGGGGGUCUCCAUCCUCCCGGUUGGGUACCUGAGCAGACACGCAUUUCUGCUCAUUCCAGAAGCAGAAGUUCGCGCAGGCAGAAGCAGCAGCCAUACUGCCAGGCCCAGCUCGGUAAACUCCAAGCAGGGCUGGCUUGACGGUCACUGUCAUUUCAGAGCUUCCCACAAGAUAUGGCUGAUGAGGGGGACACCCCAUCCACCCUCCCAUGGGAGGAGUCAGAGCACCACCCCCCUGCCCGGGAGGCCCAGUGCAGGCUCCAGGAGAGUGUGCCCACAGAGGGGUCAGCCCAACCAGGAAUUAAGAGGAAGCAGGGAAGGCCUGCUGCCCAGACACCACCCAGGACACACCCCAGGGCCCAGUCUCAGGCUGCCAUGGGGCUCAGCACACCCGGCUCCGACCCAGAGCCCCAGAACCUCUGCCUCUGAGGCAGCGGGAGGACCUGGAGCGCAGCACGGCAGAGCACAGAGCUCUGCUGCUCGCCUUCAACCGGGCUCCACUUCAAAGACCUGUCCCUACAGCGGUGGUUGCUACACGUGCAGGAUCCCCAGCCCCAGGCACCGAUGUCCCACCCCCUCAGCAAGCACGUCCACCUCCACGUGCACAUGCCCCUGCUCCGGCUUUGGCAGGAGAACCCGAGUCAGGGCAUGAGUUACCACCUCUGCAGGGAGAGCCUGCCCUGGCUCCUGCCCAAGACCCAGAUGCCCACGAUGACUGACCCAGCGCUGCAGGGAGAAUGGGCCCCUGCUCUGGACAGAGACCCAGAGCCUGUUCUGGAAACUCCUCGUCCAGGGGCAUGGUUGGCUCUGCAGCCUCCAUCCCAGUCUGCUCCCCAUGGAUGCCAUCAGCUCGCUCCCCACCCAGGGGAGACUGACUUCCCUUCCCUUGAGGGUCUUUUCAUUUGGAUUUUAUGUAACUUUUUUGUGCUCUUUUAUGUGUUAUGGCUCUAUGUGCCUUUUUCGGUUAAGUUUUAAUGAAUAAAUUAUUCAAAAUUGUUGCAGUUUGGGAACACUCAGGACCUUCAAAGUGCUGUGUAACCAUCACCUUCUGUAGUUUCAGACCCUUUCAAUCUUUCUGCCCCAGCUCCCAACAAAUCCUUUGUUCACAUCUCUGUUUGUCCAUUCCCCCGAUCCUGAACAAACUUUAAUCCUUUUCUUUCUUCAUUUCUUCCUAUAUUCUGGGUGUCCCCAAUCAAAGACUAUAGCAAAAUGAUAGAAGUAGUUUUUUUCUGAUUCCCCACAUACUGUAAGGCUACAUUUGAGAAUUUUUAUUUCAUUUGAAGUAGUCUUUGGGUAUCUGAAAGGACAGUGUAGGUACUUUGAAGAUAUCAUGGGCUAAAUGAAGACCUUUUGGGAAAUAUAGUCAUAAUCUCCAGAACCCUCCCCAGACAUUAAAACCCCUGUGGAGUCAGUUUUGCCCAAGAACUGGUUCCAGAACCCUGGAGGCUACUACACCCUCUGCACUGUGAAGGGUGAGGUCCCUUACAGAGCUUCUGAGCUAUCAGACCUGAGCUGUUGUUUCAUUGUCAGCUCUGACCAUCCAGUAGAAGCCAGGUGGGCCACACUGCUACAAAGGAGAUCACAAGCUGAGUUUCAAGGGAGGCACUGAAAGGACAGCAAUGGAUACAAUGGGAUACAAACUGAGUGAGGGUCCCCACAAUACUUGGAAAGGCCUGUGGUGUGCAAGUGGGGAGUAGGGCCCCCAAGGUCCAAAGGAAGAGAGGUACUCGGGAGCAAAGGCCCUUGGCCUCUCCUGUAGCAGCCCCAGAUGGCAGCUCAUGAACAGUAGACAGCAAAUGUGGUCGCAUGAGCAUGACUCUGUAACUGCCUCAGAAACCAAGAGAAAGAGAUCAGGGUAUGUGGGAAUCUGGAGGGUGUGGUGGGGUGGAUAAAGGGAGGUGCCCUUCCUCUCUUCACUGCAAACUGCUUUUGUGAGUCUCAAAGCUACCAGAUGGCAUUUACCAAGUCAGGUCCCCACAGUAACGAGUGUGGGCUGAGUGCCUUAGCCCCUGUUACAGAUAAAAGCCUCACCAGUGUCUUCCCUGAGUUCAAACGGCAGGAUCUGGGGCUUCUGUCUGGUACACAUCUGUUUGCUGUAGCCACGUUACCCCCUUCUCUGAGCGCCAGUUUCAUGCUCUAGAAAGAGGACAUCUAUUGCUCCCUUAGCACGUUGCUAUCUUAAUCUUCUGAAGACUAAUUUGGGUUAUCCGAGAAUUAAUAUCUAGCCCUUAGAGAUAUCGCCUGAAUCCAGAAUAACUGGAGUCUCUUAGUGUCAUCUGGCAUUUCUUCCCCGAAGCCAGCCAAAACCCACACAGUUGCAUUUCCAGGAUCUCCACUUAGUCCGCUGGACAGAAAACCCAGCGGGGUUCAAAGAAGCUACAGACAAACAGAAGA